CACAUUCGCUUCUUCAACAGAUUCCCACGCACUCUGCCCGGCGUAGCUAGCACUCUUUUCAACAAGUAGUCUGUCUCCACGCGCUCGUCAAGCUGGCGGCAACUUUCCGACUCGCGGCCUCCCGGAUCUACCCCGCGGCGUGUUCCCCCUCCGUCACCCUGGCGUCCUCACGCUCCUCCACCCGCCAACGUCUGAGUCUGAUCUCCAGGCAUUUUGAUCAGAGACUGCCUUUGCCUGCACUGAACACCCCCUUCUCGACCGAGAGAGCUGUCUCUGUCGAACCCGACGACCUAGAAUAUAAACCCAUUCUUCGAGAAGCCCCUCUUCGCCAUCAACUUCAGCAACAGCGAAACUAUAGCACCACGACCGGGAAUAGCGCCUCUGCAACCAUGUCUGCCCAAGCUCCUCACCCUACCCUGCUCAUCCCGGGCCCGAUUGAGUUUGACGAUGCCGUCCUUCAGUCCAUGUCUCAUUUUGCCGAGAGCCAUGUCGGCCCAGCAUUCGUCAAGACCUUUGGUGAAUCCUUGACCCUUGUCCGCAAGCUCUUCCAAAGCACCUCUCCCACCGCCCAGCCCUUCAUCCUCGCGGGCUCCGGCACCCUUGGCUGGGACCUCGUUGCGUCAAACCUCAUCGAGGCCGGCCAGGAAGCCCUCGUCCUCCACAGCGGUUACUUUGCCGACUCCUUCGCUGCCUGUCUCGAAACCUACGGCGCCAAGGCCACCCAGCUGAAAGCUCCCAUCGGGGACCGGCCAUCCCUGUCAGACAUUGAACAGGCAUUGAAACUCGCCGAUUACAAAGUCAUCACCAUCACCCACGUCGACACCUCCACCGGUGUCCUCAGCGAUAUCAAGGCCGUCGCUGAACUCGUCAGACGUGUGAGCCCCAACACCCUCGUUGUCGUCGACGGUGUCUGCAGCGUCGGGUGCGAAGAAAUCGCCUUUGACGAAUGGGACAUCGACGUCGUCCUAACCGCCAGCCAAAAGGCCAUCGGCUGUCCUCCCGGCCUCAGUAUCGUGAUGUGUUCCGGCCGUGCCAUGGAGAGGUUCAAGACCCGCCAGAGCCCACCGGCUAGCUACUACGCUUCGAUGGUCAACUGGCUUCCCGUCAUGCAAAACUACGAGGCCGGCAAGCCGUCAUAUUUUGCCACUCCAGCUACCCAGCUCGUCAGGGCACUCCACACGUCCCUCGUCCAGAUCGCAUCCAAACCACUCUCUGAGCGCUUUGCUGCUCACCGUGCUGCCUCCCAGCGUGUCAAGAGCGCUGUUGCUGAGCUUGGCUUGCACCAAUUGGCCACCAAGCCUGAGAACCAGGCCAACGCCAUGACGGCUAUCAGACUGCCUGAGGGUCUGACGCCGGCGGAUAUCCUGCCAAUCUUGGGUAAGAAGGGUGUCGUGUUUGCUGGAGGCCUCCACAAAGAGAUUGCUAGCAAGUAUAUCCGGUUCGGUCACAUGGGUGUCAGUGUGACGGAUCCUGCAAGGGAUGAUAUUGACAAAGCGAUCCAGGCCUUGAAGGAGGCAUUUGUGGAAGUUACCAAAUAAAAUUCAAACCUAGCUUUCUCUCCCGUUCCCCUGAUAAGCACCAUAAGAGUGGUCCUAGAAGUGGAGAGAUUUUGAAAUAAUUCUCUUGUAUGUAUGUACAUAGAUUUUCGGGUUCUCGACGCACAAGGAUAGAACAAAGACAUAUAAUUUCCUGACCAUCCGGCUUGCGUAUUAUACAGUACUAACAGUACACUUUUUUCUUCUUCAGCUGUGCAGGACAAGGGUGAUCCAAAGCAAAUUACUCUAAAUGGGUAUGCAAAUCGGAUAACUCGGCUACACGCUCUCAUGAAGACGGUAGGGAGGAGUGCGUGUUUCAACCCAUUAAUAAAGUGGGCGUCAGAGACGAGAGAAAACCAUGGCUGGCAAGCUAUUAAAAGGUGUAUCAUAGAACAAGGGGGAAAAAGCGUCAAAACCCAUUCAAAGAGAUAAUAGAACCCCUGCAGACAACAGGCAGAGAUAUAUAAAUGAAAAUGCACGCUCAAUGCUUGGGUGGUACGAUGAAACAGGAAGACACAGAAAAGUCAAAAAAAAAAAAGAGGAACUGUUGAGUUAUGUAUAUACAACUUCACACAAUUAACAUUUACCAAGCAUACUGCCAGGGUUUUCUAUGUCAUAGC